AUGAGCACUGUUGCCGAGCUUCUCGCUACGUGGCUGGGGCUGCACUUGUUCGGAUGGCUGGAUGUGACUGGGCAGAGUUUCACGGUUUCUGCUGGGACGGACAAUCUGGCGAAUGAGCUGGUCAUGCGCCGUCGGGGAACCACGAAAUUCCCAUUGACGUAUGUAUAUAUGCAGCUGGAGUACGCUUUGUUCCGCUGCGGGGGACAUAUGAACUUGAACUGGCGUCCGCGUGAGCUCAACACUGAAGCGGACGACUUGACGAAUGAGCGGUUCAGUGCUUUCGACUUAGCUCUUUGGAUUGAUGCAAAGUUUCCUGAUGUGCCGUGCAAGCUCCUUCUUGAUUUGGCAAGUUUUCAUUCUGAAAUGCUCGAGUGGCGAAAAGGGGGAGAAGGAAGUGCCCCUCCGAUUCCUUUGACAAAGAAGCAGAAGCUGGCCACUAAGACGAAGUGGUAA